AUGCAACGCUAUAAUCCACCACAAAGCUCGAAUCAAAUGUACUGCCCAGGAUGUAAUCGUCAAAUUCGAAAAGUUCAAGAGUUGAUGGACGAGAGGUACCUGACAAACAUUUGUAAUGAAGUGGAGAAGAACACCAUGAGACUUCAAAUUCAAGAUUUGGAGAGACAAGUUCAAAUGCGUCGAUGUGAGAAUCGGAAGAUGAAGACUAUUCAGGAAGUCGAAAAGGAAGGAUCAACAGAAUCUCAAGAUUCAAUUCAUGACCAUCCAAUGGUAAAAGUGUUGAUGGAGAUCAACGAUCAAUUGAUGAUUGAAAUGAGAAAAAAGGUUGAAGCUCCAGAAGAAUAUCCAUUAGAAGAAUGGAAAGAUGCUAUUGAACAAAAAUGGAGUGAAAAGUAUGAAAAGCUUCGUGAUUAUGCAUUGGAUCAACAAGACAUGGUCAAAUAUAUGGAAGAGAAUGAUGAUCGACAAAAAGAAAGUAUUGAGAAGUAUAAACGGAAAAUUGGUUCGAUGAAAAAAGUAAUUGAAAAGAUGGAAUUCGAAAUGGCACUUCUUCAAUCGGAAUUGGAAAUGAAAGACUCCUCAUGUGUCGAGAAGUCUGUAAAUAGUGAGGAAAAGCAGGAAAACAAGGAAAAUCUUUCUGGUGUUCUCGAUAAUAAAUUCAUUUUCCAGAACUAA